UCGACAGGAGAAUAAUAGCAUCCUACACCAGACAUUGUAAGAAAACUUGUAGAUUAACAAUUUCAGGGGGGGCAAGAGAUCAUUCACAAUGGCAAAUUGUCUAAGUCAUCACAGUAAAAUUACCAGCAAACUUACGGCACUCUCCUGUUUUUAAAUUCUUGGAGAAUUAGAAGGCCCACUAAACACAUACCUUCUUGCUUACACCCAAAUGGUGCCGAGAAUGGCUGGAAGGAGUACUCGUGGAAGCAGACGGGGACAGGUUGAAAGAAGAUCAAAACGACAUGAUAAAAAUCUUGAUGGGCCUGCUUUGCCUUAAUGGGCUGAUGCUAUUAUAAGCCCAAAGAAAAGAUUCGUUAAUACUUAUGAGGGGCGGCCUAGCGACUGUGAGUAGGUGAACAGUAAACUCACCCAGUGACUGUAUGUGAACUCACCAGUCAUCGCCCACCAAGACAAGAGAGGUUUUUUGUAUGGAUCAGGCCCAUCACAAAAACGAACCAGGCUUGUCAUUGCUGUCUCCUAGCCUAGCCCACAACUAGUCGCCAACCUAUAUAUAUUGCUCUUCAGACUUCACCAUUCCAUCAUGUUUCUCCAAUCCUUCUUCUCCUUGAAUUCUGCCAUUUAUUUCCUUCGCUGCUAGGUAAUCAUUAAAUGUUCAAACUCUCACCGCUUUUCGGUUGAUUUCAUAUUCCCAUCCUCCCCUGCCCAAAUAUAAACUAUUGUAAUCUGCUUGUAUUUGUUUAUUUUUUUUAAAAAAAAUUAUUUUUUCAAGUCUGGAGGUAUGGGUCGUUUCGGUGGUCGCGGAGGCGGAGGCGGAGGCGGAGGCAGAAGCGGAGGAGGGUUUCAUUCAUCUUCUGGCUUAACAUCUAAGAAUCGUAAAGAUGGUGAACUUCGGAAGGGUUGUGUUGCUGCUAAUAGUGGAUCAGCAUUUUGGUCUUGGUGGUCAUCUCUUGGUGAGGCAAUGGAUUGUCGGCAACUUUAUGUUGUAUAUAAUAAGUGUUUGGGUAAAUUGGAGGAUAAGGAAGAUGAUAAUCUAGGAUGCUAUCGUUAUUGGCAACAGUUUGAAGGGCCAUGUGAUAAAUAUAAGUCUCGUUGGAGUAGGUGGUGGACAAAGGAGGAUGAAAAAGCCCACUGUAAGGGUUGGUCAAAAGAAUAUGAGAAGGUUGUUCUUUUCUGUGUUUCAUUUUCUUCUCGUCACUGUAAACAAAAAAAAAAAAAAAAAAAAGAAGAAGAGAGAAGCAGAAGAUAGAAGUCCGAAAGAGGGAGGGGUUUUUCUUUUAUUUCUCUUGGUUCUGGAGUUUGGUUAUUGCUGGAAGCGGUAGUAAGAAGAGGAGGAUUGCUGAGCUUCCAGAACUCACCGAAGGAGGUUGUGCGUUUUCUGGUUUUUCAUCUUAGGUACAGCUCUGAAACAGAGGAUUUUGUUAGGAAAAAUGGUGAAGGAGAUGAUGGAAGCUUGACCCCCCGUGGGUGGGGUUCCUUCCAUCAAGUCCAAAUCUGUUGUUCCUUGAAAAAAUCCACCAUGCUUGC